AUGCCACCGAAACCCAGACUCAAUGUCCAGAACUUCCCGCGUCCCCCCCUUCUCGAGCGCACACCCCGCCACCUGCAAAUCAAGUGGCACGGCCAUACGAUCGCUGAUACCAAAGAGGCAUAUUGGGUUUUGGAAACCUACCACGCUCCGACAUACUACCUCCCUCCAUCAUCCAUCACCGUACCCCUGACCGCAACCAAGAAAUCCACCUUCUGCGAGUGGAAGGGCUGGGCGACAUACUACUCCCUCGCGCUCCCACCCGCCGCAAGCGACGGCGCGACGGGAGAGGCCGUCGUCCAGGACCGGGCCUGGAGCUACGAGAGCCCGACGACGGGCUUCCGGGAUCUGAAGGGCUACGUUUCGUUCUAUGCUGGGCCGUGGGACUGUUACGUUGAUGGCGAGCUGGUGACGCCGCAGCCGGGAGACUUCUACGGCGGCUGGACGACGAGUGAGUUGGAGGGCAUCAUCAAAGGGGAUGCGGCGACGCGGUGGAUGUAG